AUGCUACCAAAAGUGCACCUUACAAGCGAUGUGGUGUCUCACUUUGUACAUCAUACACUUCUGCAGGAGGAUCCAAUGAAACUGGGUAUUAAGAUGGAGUCCACUGUGCUCGCUGGGCUUGCACCACAAAGCGUUCUGUCUAUGAGUUAUACAGACCGCAAGUUGGCUGCAAAGCAAGGGAUACGAAGUGGUCUAAAUGAGAGUCUAGUCAAGGUUACCGUGAACGUGAACACAACACUAGAGUUUGUCCGCUAUGAACGCAUGGUUCAGGACUCGGAGCACCUAGUCAAGCUGGUUGGGUGGUGCCACAAUGAAUGGGGUAACCCCAGUAAUCUGAAAGGUUUGUUCGAAAUUACGAGGCAGCAAGCUGAUGAGCAUAUGAAACGCAUUGAGGCAGGUGAGAUCCUGACCCCAAACAAAAUAGAUCAAGAACCAGAGAGCCCUGUCGAUGACGACGACACAUAUGAGGGCAAUGCCCCCAUCACCGCAUCAUUGUCUCCUACAUCGGCACAAUGCAUCAUGCCAUCUAGAGACCCUACAACACCCAUUCAUGACAACAUCUCAGGUCCAGCUCCCUCGUCCCCCCCUUCUAUCCCAAAUGUCUCCGCACCCUCUCCUCCACUCACUACGGAGAAUUCAACACCUAGCGGGACACACACAGAGCCUCAUCUACCCAAUAUUCAGCUACCAACCGACAAUCCAUUCUUACCAACUCCCUCAGCAUCAAACACAACAUCUUCACCUGCUGAAGUCCUUGCAGGAUUGACAAACACAGAGCCUCGUCUACCCAAUACUCAGCUACCAACCAGCAAUCCAUUCUUACCAACUCCCUCAGCAUCAAACACGACAUCUUCACCCGCUGAAGUCCUUCCAGGAUUGACAAACCACAAGCGAGGUGCCCCACAGAUUGCCAAUAGAGUGCCAUCAAAGCGGAAGAGGAAACUAACGGAAAAGGCAGCACUCUAUGUAGCAUCGAGGAAGUCGAGGAAGUUGAAGAGAGGUGCAAAUAGUUCUUCUGUGGUAGACUCGGAUGAGGAGAAUGGGUGGGAGGAUAUUGAUGACACCAGCACACACUAGUAUACCUAUACAGUGUUAGAAUGUAUCAUAUUGAAGAGUAGAAUGGUUAUAUAUAAAAUGCGCCCUAAAUUGAGCAGAAUUAAGGGAAUUGUUGAGCUCGUCGUGUGUGA